AUGCCUUACGACUGGUUGUCGUCCUACUCAAAAAAUAGGUCACAUAUAGUGAAAUGUGUAUUUUCUGGUAAAACUUGCUACUCAAAUGCCAUUACUUUGUCUACGGGAGUUCCUCAAGAUGACAGAUCGUUAACAACAGGAGUCCAAAAUGAUGCUCAAUUGGGAACUUCAAUCACCAAUAUGGCGUCGAAGACUUUAGAAUGGUACAGUUUAAACGGGCUUUUUGGCUUCAGGUCUCGAUUAAACACAUCAAAAGCUGUUAUAGAUCUCGUUGACGAGAUCACGGACUGCUUUCACGAAGGUACUUAUGCUAUAGCAUCCUUCUUAGAUUUGACCAAGGCCUUCGACUGUGUGUGCCAUUCGCUACUACUUCGAAAACUCUAUUUCUAUAAUCUGCACCCAGAGAGUGUUCGUCUCGUAUCGUCAUAUCUUAGAAACAGAAUUCAAAAAGUCACUAUGGGAGAAACGUCUUCUAGCUAUCUGCCUGUUACGUGUAGCUUCCCGCAGGGAUCAAUAUUAGGCCCACUUCUCUUCUUAAUUUUUAUUAAUGACCUCCCGUCUAAUUUAACAAAUUCAAAAGUUAUUUUAUACGCCGACGACACCACUAUACUAAACAGAGGUGAUUUUCUUGAAGAAUGUGAAGAUAAGACUUUGGAGCGCUCGCCCAGACCGACGUCUCAACAUUCCAAACUGAAAGCCACCGUCUUCUUCCACAUGGUCUACCAGUUUUAUUUGCUAACAGCUAUUGCUACUGGAAACAGAAUCGAAGCGAUCGAGCUACGACGCGUCCCUCCAGCCGAAGCGGCGCUCCGAAACGAGCCAAACAAGCCAAGUCGGUCUUGGAUCGCUCCGGAAGGCCGUGCUGGAGAAAUAACGUGA